AGGCUUGUGAGUUACGUUCCUGAGUCCUUAGCAAUGAAGAAAUUUAGAGUCGUUUUUCACGGCUCGAUUUUUAGGUGAAUCGGAAAUCUUGCAACCUGAUAUGUUUGUUUGGAUUUGUGUCGAUUGUUAGAAACCUUGAUUCCGUAAGAGUCGAGUUACGGGAAUCGAAGCUCGAUGAAUUCUUCUCAGUUUAUGGAUAAGCAGAUCAUGGGUCUGUCAGGAUCACAGAAUAACGAUUUCUUCGAGCUUUUGAAUCCUCCGGAGGAACACAACGGUGGUGCUAAGAAAGAAGACGUCCUGCCCAGCUAUGAUUUCAUGCCGAUUCGCUCCGCCGGUGCUUCACAAUCGAUGAAUCUGGAGGGCAGCAAUGUUGCUGGAACUAGGGUUUGGAGUUCGGCUGAUUCAUGGACCAACGCAUCAAAUGUUAGAAAUUAUGUUUCUUCAGACCCUAAUGAAUCUGCUAAAGUUUCCCUGGAGACAGAUCGGAGUGCGUAUGAUGCAGCAACGGUUUCUGAGAUUGAUCGAACAAUGAAAAAGCAUGCCGAUAAUUUGCUGCAGGUGUUGGAAGGAGUUAGUGCAAGAUUAUCACAGCUGGAGAGCAGAACUCGUCACCUUGAGAAUUCUGUUGAUGAUUUGAAAGUAUCGGUAGGAAAUAACCAUGGUAGCACCGAUGGAAAAUUGAGGCAGCUGGAGAAUAUUCUAAGAGAGGUACAAACUAGUGUACAAGUGGUAAGGGAUAAGCAAGAAAUAGCUGAGGCCCAGCUGCAGCUAAUGAAGCUGCAAGUAUCUAGGGCAGAGCAGCAACCUGAAAACCAGAAUGCUACUGUCCACACAGAUCCUGUGCAGCAAGCAGCUUCUGCUCCUCAACAGUCUCACCAGCCACUCCCACCAGUUGCUGCUCUCCAACAACCAACUCAACCAUUUCCUGCUCUCCCUCCUCCUAAUGCUCCACCACCUCCACCUCCUAGCCAUCAGACUCCUCCAGCUCAGCUUCCUACUCAACUGCCCCAGAACCAGAACCCCUCCAACCAACCGCAAGAACUCUACUACCCACACCCUGGUCAGACAACACUUGAGGCCAUACAUCAGCAAUAUCAAUUACCUCCAACUCAACAGUCCCAACCCCCACCUCAAGCACCACCUCAACACUAUCAGCCAACUCCUCAGCUUCCACAAUACUCUCAGCCACCUCAGCCUCCUCCACAGCUCCCACCUAUGGGCCCUGUCCAUCCUCCACAACUCCAACCUCCUUUAAGCCACCAUACUGAAGAAGCCUCCUACAUGCCAUCUCAGAGUUACCCUCCAAGCAUCCGCCAAUCACCAUCAAUGACUCAGCCACCUACUGGGGCUCCUCCACCCCAACAAUUUUAUGGUCCUCCUGCCAAUGCUUAUGAACCUCCUUCGAGCAAACCCAGUUCAGGGUUUCCCCCAGGAUAUGGCCAAACUUCUGUGCCUAACUAUGAUGAUUCCUACUCUUACAGUGGGUCACCUUCUCACUAUGGAAGCUCAAUGCUGAAACCAACUCAACAUUCUUCUUCUUUUUCAGCCCCAAGUGGUGGAAGCAAUUACCCAUGUCUACCAACUGCUCAGAUAUUACCGCAUGCAUUGCCAACUGCCACCAGUGAUGGUGGUAACUCAAGUUCUGGCAGUACUGGUAACAGAGUCCCAAUUGAUGACGUGAUUGAGAAGGUGUCAAUGAUGGGAUUCUCAAGGGACCAGGUGAGGGCAACAGUGAGGAAAUUGACGGAGAAUGGACAGUCAGUCGACCUGAAUGUGGUGCUGGAUAAGCUGAUGAAUGGUGGGGGUGAAGUACAGCCCCAGAAAGGUUGGUUCGGCAGGUGACAAUGUGACAUGGUAUGUUAGUGACGUUCUUGACCUGUUUUGUAUAAAGUGAACUACUAUUUCUUUGUUAUGGACUCUAUUUGGUUGAAGGUGUUUCACUGGACCUGCUACGUUUGUUGAUUGUUUGUCGUUGCUUAUACAUAAUAAUUGCAGAAAUUGUUAAUGGUCUUUGGGAUCUGAUAUUGUGCUCACUGUUCAGCACUGAGUAUUGUAACUUUCUGUACAUCUUCCAAUGGGCGUAUAUAAACCAGUUUUUUGUGAUUUA